GUCAGUACAUUCAUUUGGAUGGAAAGAACGGGAUAACACUAUGGGGCCCAAAGUUAUGUGCCUUAUGAUUUCUUGCACUCUUCUGGCUUGGUAUAUGCAUACAACUUUCUCAGCAAACUUUGAACAACCCUGGAAGAUAAUGAUGAUUCAUUCUCUUACUAAAAUUUGUCAACUUACGGGUACAGCUUUGGAAAAAUUGGGCCUAAUGAGCUAUUGGAAAUUUUUUGAUAUUCUAAUACAAGGGCAAAUAACAGCUCCCAUUUCUGAUGAAAAUGUCACAGUGACUGACACAAUAGUCAAUGACAUCUUAGUGCGUUAUUAUGUGCCAAAGAGGAAAUCACAUGAGCUGAAACGAGCAAUUAUUUAUUUCCAUGGAGGAGGUUCUAGUUUUGGCAGCAUUGCCCUUCUCCAUUACGACACCUUUGCAAGAAUGGCAGUGAACAAGUUGGAUGCUGUUGUUGUAGGACCUGACUAUCGAAAAAUUCCUAAAUAUCACCAUCCAAUUCAGUGGAAUGAUGCUUAUGAUUUUGUGAAGUCCUUCCUACAACCUGAAACUCUUGCCAAAUAUGGUGUGGAUCCAACCAGAGUCUGUAUUUUAGGAGACAGUUCUGGGGCUGGCUUAGCAGCAGCCAUGACUCAACAGGUCAUGGGUGCCCCUGAAAUUCCCAUUAAACCUAAAAUUCAGGCUUUAAUUUACCCUACCUUGCAGAUGCUUGAUACAGACUUGCCAUCCUAUAGGGAAUAUGAACACGGCAUAAUGUUGACCAAGGCCUUACUAAUAAGAAUGAUGAGGGAGUUUCAUACCACUGAUGAAUCCCUUGAGCAAGCCAUGAAGAUUAACCAACAUAUACCUGCCGAAUAUAGCCAUCUCCUGAAGUUUGUCAACUGGACUACCCUGCUUCCUGAGAGAUUUAAAAAAGGCCAUCUUUACACCAAGCGAAUUUAUGGAAGUUCUGAAAUAGUGGAAAAGUUUCCAGGGAUUAUAGAUCCUAUAAUAAACCCUUUGUUGGCCAAUGAUUCGACAGUGAGCUUUCUGCCACUAACUUACAUGCUCACAUGUCAACAUGAUAUCUUAAGAGAUGAUGGGCUCAUGUAUGUUUCCCGCCUACGCAGCAAUGGAGUCCAAGUGUUCCAUGAACACAUUGAGAAAGGAUUCCAUGGGUCUUUCUUCUCCAUUCAUUGGCCAUUUGAUUUAGAUCUUGGUUGGAGACUAAUAGGUAAUCUAAUUAGUUGGAUAGAUAAGAAUUUAUAGAGUUACUGCACAUACAUCUAUAUGUAUAUAAUAUAGAUCUAUAACAAAUUGCUUGCCUUCUCAAGGAGGAGGGAUGGGAAGGAGG